UGCUGGUGAGAGCAACCAUUGAGCUCUUUACACGUCAUCAUCAGGAGCCGGUAGUGAAACGCGCGGUGUUUUGAAUACAACGAAAAACAAACAGUCGCGAGCUUUAUUUUCGAUCUUCAAAACGGUAAACUAACGCCUUCAAGCAAUCAAAAACAUGUCAAAGAAAGCACCGAGAGCAGCCCUGAAGCUCCAUAUGAAGAAGAACACUAAUAUACGGAUAGGAAAAAACGCAGACUUGAUGGCCCAGCUCAACCUCCUGGUUGUCCUGCAUCGUCUAGCGGAGGAGUCCAGGGUGAAAGCCUUUGAGGAGAAAUCCGCAACCAUCAAAGUUCACCACGUCAGAGCUGUUGCGAAGAGUUCAGGCGCAGACUGGUUCAGCAUGGCCGCCUCUGAAAACAGAAACUGUUAAAGAGCACACGUGGAUAACGUGGAUGACGGGAGUUCCCCAUCACAACCCUUUAUUUGUUCAACAGCAUUGACCCCAUGAACUAAAAUUUACUUAAAGUCUUCAGUAUGUGUGAGCUAUAGUAUAGAGCAAUACUAUAUACUAUAGAUAAACAUUUUACCUUUAUUCAUUCCUUAGAACUUUUACGUGCACGAUGGAAUUUAUGUUGCUUUGUCUCAGCGUCGGGCCCAUUAUUAGGCUGUGAUUAAUUUCUCUUCAUGAUUGUUGAACUUUUGCUUCUAGUUUUGUGUAAAUCAUAUAUGAUGGACAGUAUCUAGCCCAGAUAUCUAAAGCAACACCUGUGUCCCUCAUCUCGUUGGAUCGUAUUAUUACUUAAUACCUGUUAAUAAACAAUUUGU